GUGGGGGUGGCGGCCCCUCCUCAGUGGAGACCCCACCCGGCUAAAACCUGGUGGGAAGCCAGAAGGACUCGGCAACCGCGGGCUCCUCCAGGAGAGGUGCAGCCCCCUCCCCAGGUCGUGGAGCGCCCCACACUCUGAUCCCAUCCUCAGGCUCAGGCACAAAAGGAAAUAUGGUCUGCUUGGAGGAAGAAUGUAAAGGGCCCCGUGAAGGUCACGAGGACCCAGAUGUGGGUUGGUUUGAAAAGGCAGGAGCAGACAGAGAGAAAUUGGACUGGAGCUGUGGCAACAACUGAGACCGGAGCCGCAGUUCCGGCUGCUGAGGACGAAGCAGAGGCAGAGAUAAAGCAACAAGGUCGGCCUGUGUGUCUGCACGCCUUUCUCCUGGAGAGGCUGGAGAAGUCCUACAGGAUCACACGUUGAAUGGUGUAAACAGCUUAUAGCUGCUACAAUUUCGAGUCAGAUUUCAGGUUCAGUGACAUCAGAAAAUGUAUCCAGAGAUUACAAGGCUCUUAGGGAUGGAAAUAAGCUGGCACAGAUGGAAGAAGCACCACUUUUUCCAGGAGAAUCCAUCAAGGCCAUUGUGAAAGAUGUCAUGUAUAUCUGCCCAUUUAUGGGAGCAGUGAGUGGAACCCUGACAGUGACAGACUUCAAGAUGUACUUCAAAAAUGUGGAAAGGGACCCGCAUUUUGUCCUCGAUGUUCCCCUUGGAGUUAUCAGCAGAGUCGAGAAGAUUGGAGCACAGAGCCAUGGGGACAAUUCUUGUGGUAUAGAGAUUGUGUGCAAGGAUAUGAGGAACUUGCGACUUGCUUAUAAACAGGAAGAACAGAGUAAACUGGGGAUAUUUGAAAACCUCAACAAACAUGCGUUUCCUCUUUCCAACGGGCAGACACUCUUUGCAUUCAAUUAUAAAGAAAAAUUUCCAACUAAUGGCUGGAAAGUAUAUGAUCCAGUAUCCGAAUAUAAGAGACAGGGUUUGCCGAAUGAGAGUUGGAAAAUAUCCAAAGUGAACAGUAAUUAUGAGCUCUGUGACACCUACCCUGCUAUCAUUGUUGUGCCAACUAGUGUAAAAGAUGAUGACCUUUCAAAAGUGGCAGCCUUUCGAGCAAAAGGCAGAGUCCCUGUGUUGUCAUGGAUUCAUCCAGAAAGUCAGGCAACAAUUACCCGUUGCAGCCAGCCGCUUGUGGGUCCCAAUGAUAAACGCUGCAAAGAAGAUGAAAAAUACUUGCAAACAAUAAUGGACGCUAAUGCACAAUCUCACAAACUUGUCAUCUUUGAUGCCCGACAAAACAGUGUUGCUGAUACCAACAAGGCGAAGGGGGGAGGAUAUGAAAGUGAAAGUGCUUACCCAAACGCGGAACUUGUGUUCUUGGAGAUCCACAACAUCCACGUGAUGAGAGAGUCACUACGGAAAUUAAAGGAGGUCGUGUACCCUUCUAUUGAUGAGGCCCGCUGGCUCUCCAAUGUGGAUGGGACCCAUUGGCUGGAGUAUAUAAGGAUGCUUCUAGCUGGAGCGGUAAGAAUUGCAGAUAAAAUCGAAUCUGGGAAAACCUCAGUGGUGGUGCAUUGCAGUGAUGGUUGGGACCGGACAGCCCAGCUGACGUCUCUGGCUAUGCUGAUGUUAGAUGGUCAUUACCGUACCAUUAAAGGGUUUGAGGCGCUCGUAGAGAAGGAGUGGAUAAGCUUUGGACAUAAGUUUGCACUGCGAGUGGGCCACGGCAAUGACAACCACGCGGAUGCUGACCGGUCCCCCAUAUUUCUUCAGUUUAUUGAUUGUGUUUGGCAAAUGACAAGGCAGUUUCCCUCAGCGUUCGAGUUUAAUGAACUGUUCUUGAUAACAAUUUUGGAUCACCUUUAUAGCUGUCUCUUUGGGACUUUCUUGUGCAACUGUGAACAGCAGCGAUUCAAAGAGGAUGUAUUUACAAAGACUCUAUCCUUAUGGUCUUAUGUCAAUAGCCAGCUCGAAGAAUUUUCUAAUCCCUUCUUUGUGGAUUAUGAAAACCACGUCUUAUAUCCUGUUGCUAGUCUGAGUCAUUUGGAAUUAUGGGUGAGCUAUUAUGUGCGAUGGAAUCCACGAAUGAGGCCUCAGAUGCCGAUCCACCAGACCCUCAAGGAGCUGCUGGCCGUCCGGGCAGAGCUGCAGAAGCGGGUGGAGGACCUGCAACGGGAGGUGGCUGCACGCCCCUCGUCCCCAUCCGAGCGGGGCUCCUCGCCGACUCACACAGCCACUCCCGUCCACACCUCGGUCUGACCUGCUCGAGGGUGGCGUUCUGGCCAGUGCAACCAGGGAGGCCAUCCUGCCCCGCUGCUCCCUGCAGCAGCUCAGGCAAGGGACCUGCUGCCAUCAGGGCUGUAGCUUGUGAUCUUGUCUUUUAGGAUUAGGCCCAGUGCCCUCCACGUCUGGAGGCACUUCCAACCAGUGGCCAUUUGUGUGCCAAGGUGACAGCCCCCUGUUGUCUAGUGCUGUUUUGUGAACACCCCCUUCCCCUCCUGCCAGCGAUUUCUCAGGGCAGCCACCCAGCCCACGUCUGGGCAGCUCGGGAGAGGCCGGAGUGGACGGAGCAGAGCACAGGGCGUCGGCUGAGGGAGGGCCCACGCCACUGCUUUCCCGGGGAACUCCUUUGAAAAACCAUCACCAUUCACUUUUUAAAGGCCACAUUGCCAGCCACAUGGCUUCCUUCAGUUCUUUGCUGCAACUUGGAAACUCAAAGUGAACUGUGGGGAGGGGAAGCCACCCCGUUGCCGUCUAGUCCACAGUUCUUAAGCUAGGGGUCCUCUGGUGCCAGUACUGUUGUGUACAUACAAGGCAUUUUUUUUUGUAUGGGUAUGAGUUUAUUUUUAAAAACUUUCAGUGUCAAAAAAGGAAAUUAAGGCCAUCAGAUUCGCAGCUUAAAAAUUCACAUAAAGAAAACAUAAAAAUACUCUGUGCGUCGGAGAAGGCUCUGCACUGCGUGUAGGCAAGGGUCACCACCCUUCCUUACUCUGAGGAGGGCAGCUGACCUGAGAAGUUCACAUAACGGCACAGCUUUUACUGGAUGCUCUUGGGGCUCCCUGCGGGAGGAAAAGUCCUUCCUCAACAGCCACUUCGGCUGCUGCUGCCGUUUCCUCUUCCUCUUCAGGUGUGGUUGUUUUAAAGGCUGUACUUCUUUGAGCAACCUCCUCUCCCUGGGACUUCUUCAGUAUGGCCUUCACGUCUCUGCCAGUGCCCCGGGAAUUCUGGUUCUUCCAGAUGAGGUGAGAGGGAGGACUGGCUGUGACUCCAGCGUUCGCAGCCCAGAUGGUACCUGUCUGCCCCGCCUUCACACAUAUCUUGAGGUAUAUUUAUAACUGCCUGAUGUGUCUCCAAUUUUUCUGACCAUCUCCCAGCCUCCCAUUGGCUGAUCCUGCUCGGAAGUGUUCUUCAGGCGGGUAAACUUCCCAUCCACGUCUAUCUCUUCAACACGGACAUUCCCAGUGGCUGAAGCAGAAUGAGAACAGCUAACACUGCUGCUGGCCUCUGACUCCUCCGCAUCGACUCUCUUCCUCUUCCCUCUAGUUGUGCGAACGCUGCGACUUGAGGACGCUCGCUACACCAUCACGCGGGAGGAAGGGCUUCGAGACAGGUUCAGUCUCUCCUCUUCACCCUCCAGAAGGUUCCUGUAAGCGCUGAUUUCCAUGUCCAGGGCUAACUUUACAUCGAGAAGCUGCUCACGGUCAUUCAGCUGCUGCUGCAGCUGGUCCCUUAUUUCCGCUGUCUCCCUCUCUUUGUCAGACAGCGCGCGCCGAAAGUGGUCUCUUUCCUCGGCAAGCAAGUCCUCCAACUCUUAAAUCCUCUCCAGAGAUGCUCUAGACUUUCUGUAGAUUAGAAAGCCAAGAUGAAAGGCUCUCAAUUCUCACGCGGCUUUCCAUCAGUUCUUCCCUGGCAGUGUUGACAGUGGAAGUAUUCAUUUCCGAUGACAGUCUGGCAUUCUCGCGUUUGGUAUGGUAAGCCUGCUCCAGCUCCUCCUUGUACAGCCUCACUUGGGCAUCGUGUUGCUCUCUCAUCUCACGAAGGGCUUGAGCGAGCCUAGACUCAUGCUCGAUCUGACGCCCAGAACCCACCUCUGCCAAGUGUGUUUCAUGCUUCCUUCUCGUCUCAUGUAUCUCCUCCUCAUGAACUCCAGGUCCUCAUUAAGGCUCUGACAGCGGUUCUCAAAGUCCACUUGAAGCAAAGUCUCAUCUGCUAACUGUUUUUUGGCAGCAGCUAAGGAGGCUUCCAACUGGGCAAUCUGAUCCUUCAGAUCCCCCAAAUCUCCCUCUAAGUUUUUUUUGUCCCCAAGAGCGGUGGCUAGAGCUGUGUCUUUAGAAUUCAGAGCUGCUUCAUAUUCUCGAAGCUUCAGCUGGGCUCCAGUAAGAUCAGAUUCUUUUUUUUUUUUUUAGGUGAGAUUUUUUUUAUUAAGGUAUCACUGAUGUACACUCUUAUGAAGGUUUCAUAAGAAAAACAAUGUGGUUAUUACAUUCACCCCUAUUAUCAAGUUCCCCCCAUACCCCAAUGUAGUCACUGUCCAUCAGUGUAGUAAGAUGCCACAGAGCCCUAUUUGUCGUCACUGAGCUACACUGUCCUCCCAGUGACCCCACACACAUCAUGUGCACCAAUCAUGAUACCCCUCAAUCCCCUUCUCCCGCCCUCCCCCACCCCUCCCUUUGGUAACCACUAGUCCCUUCUUGGACGUCUGUGAGUCUGCUGCUGUUUUGUUCCUUCAGUUUUCCUUUGUUCUUAUACUCCACAAAUGAGGGAAAUCAUUUGGUACUUGUCUUUCUCUGCUUGGCUUAUUUCACUGAGCACAAUACCCUCUAGCUCCAUCCAUGUUGUUGCAAAUGGUAGGAUUCAUACAAGGUAUUUUUAAAGAGAAACAUGCCUUUAUAUUUUCCUAUGCCCUUUUUUAUGUUUAGACUAGUCACCCAAGAAAGCAUCUGCUUAACUGGACUGUGAGAAAUGUUCUCAAACAAAGCCCAUGCUGACUUGUGUGUGGUGCAUUUGAAGCACCAUUUGAAUGUGUCGUUUACACGGCAGAAGCAGUGGCUUCUUUCCCUCAGGACAGCAGGCCCUGUGGAGGGGACACUGAGGGCUCCCCGAGGGAUCCUGCAAGGAGGCCUGGCUGGCAGCCGCCCCUCAGUGCCGCAGAGGCGCUCUUCACCCGUUCCCUGCCUGCAGACACGGUAUUUCUCACUGCAGAUCUCACCCCAGUUUACUCAUGCAACCGCACGGCAGUAUUUUAAAGCAGCCACUGCUCUGUGGCUUCACAGGGUGGCCCAAAGCAUAGCACGUGCUUUCCUGCUUUUGCACUUUGGGGCUCUGGGACUCUCUCGUCAGUCUGGACAGGAAUUUAGAGUAACCAGCUGGUCCACCCUUAGCGCUUUAGGUCCUCUGUGUGGUGUGUUAGGCCUGUGCAUUUGCGCCCCGUCCCGGCGGGCCGCAGCCUCACCCUCCGAGGGCCGUGCCCGUCCCCGCCAGCCACGGGCAGGUACCCAGCCAGCCUUGGCUGAGAAGGGCGCCUUGGCAGCUCAUUGGCUUCGACCUGAGGAUAGCUGCUGGGGGCAUCUGCUGGGUUUCACAUUACUGGGAUGCCACACAAAGCCCUACGUGUUGACCUAAUUUUUAAAAAUGUAUUCUUAAAGUUUUCUAUAGUCAGAUCCUUAGGGAAUGAAUGUUUUUCCAGUUUGGAACCGUUUGAUUCUUACAGAAAAUUAUCUGGUCUCUGUAACGUAUCAAAUUUUUAUUCAAGGUAAUUUGAUAACCUAAUAUCAAUUCUCAAUUUGUAUCAUAUGGAAGAUAUUUCUAAAUUGUACUUUGAUAUUAGCUUUUGAUUCUCCCAACUCAUCUGAAAGCUUAUUUAUGAAUGGAUAAACUAGAUUAUUCAUUGAUCAUUUUAAAUGGGGACAUUUCCCAUUUUUUCCAGAAAUAUUUAAGCCCUCAGCUGCACUAAGACUAUUAAACUCCGUGUGGACCGAUGCUCCCGACAGGACCAGACAGGCGAAGGGGCCUUUCUCUCGUAGAGGGCAGCUAGCCUGGGGCUGGGGGCAGUCCUGGGCUGCCUGAGGAGCCCUAGAAACUCCUCUGCGAUGCAAAAGCAGCACAACAGACCAUUUUCCUUUGUUAGGUUCCUACCACAAUACUUUGUAAAACAACUUGUAGUUUUGUUACCUAAGGAAUUAUUUUUUGUUUUAUUUAAUGCACUAGAAUGUAAAACCUAUGGUUCAGAUGUUUAAAAACUGAUGUUUUAUUUGCUUCUUCUGAUGCACUGUAUUUCAAUCUGUAAUUAAAAUAAUGUUUACUAUGUGGG